AUCACUUCAUUACCGAUCUCUCUUCCCAAAACCUCCAUUCUCACCUCUCAAUCAUUCAACUCCCACCCCCUUCAAUUUCCCUCCAUCAAAAACCUCCUUCACAACCAACCCAAAACCCAUCUCUCCUUUCUCCUCACUGAGCUCAUCGCAACCACCGCCAUUACUUUCCCUUCUUUUGCUUCCGAAGCCGCAGCUGCCGAGCAAGUUUCAGACAAAAUAAACUUGGAGUCAAUCCUGGUCUCAAUUGAUGAGUUUUUCAACAAGUACCCAUAUUUCGUUGCCGGUUGUACGUUCAUUUGGUUGGUUGGUGUACUACAAGAGUACUUGAGAAAAUAUAAGUUCAUCUCUGUUCUUAAUGCAUUUCGAAAACUCAAAGAGGACCCCACUGCUCAGCUAUUGGAUAUUAGGGACGAGAAGAGUUUGAAGUAUUUGAGGUCUCCCAACUUGAAGAUUGUGAAUAAGGAUACUGUGCAGGUUCAAUUUUCAGAGGAUGAUGAAGAUGGGUUUGUAAAGAAGGUUUUGCAGAAGUUCGGAGACCCAGGAAACACUGUCGUCUGUGUUUUUGGAAAGUAAGUGUAAAACUUUUGCUCUAGCUUCGUCUUUUACAUGGAGAUUUAGAUGAGAUAAGGAAGAAGCAAAA